AUGGAUAGCAAAGUUCGUCGGAAUGGUCGUUUGAUAGACAUUGUUGAUGAGGAGUGGCGUGCAGAGGUUUUGCCACACGAAGAUAUACAGGUUCCAUUAGAUGAGCUACCAGACCCUGAGGCAGACAGUGCAGACUCACACCUUACUCUCAAAGAACAAAGUCUCAGAUGGCAAGAGAACUUUCCUGAGCCAGCUAAUGUAGAGCAGAAUUAG